ACAAAGCAGCAAGCCGUGGCGACCGCAUCGUUAUUUUAAUUAACAAAAAAUGGGCAUUCCUUGAUCUCUGCAGUCUAAUGCAUUUAGUAGGUUGCAUAUCGCAUGAAUGGAAAACCAUACGUCGUUUAUUUUUCUUUGCAUUUUUAGACGGAGAUCUAGAAUUUCUUGUAGCCUAAAGCAUAAUGCAGAAGAAUAUUUACUAUGCCGUGUAACGUUUUUAUCCAGCCUUUGAAUAAAUAAAGGCAGUCAUUGUAUAUAAUUAUUUUACUGUUAUAACUUAUUGCUUGGCUUGUCGGUAUUUGCCAGAAAGUCCUUAUCCGCCCGCAGCUAGAACGAGACGAGAACUUGGUGGAUCUCAAGGAACGGUCCUUUAGGAUUGUGAACUGAAGAAAAUAAACCCCGAGGCUCAACCCUGGCCUCCACUUGGAAAAGUAUUGUGCUGAAAACGAUAAGGAACUAGAUACAACGAUAGGGGUCUGUUUCUCUUGUUAAUACUGAGGCUGUGGAGGUAGAAUUUACGACCGGAUCUGUAUUUUCUCCAAAGAAGAAUGGCGUCCUACGUGGAUAAUAAUUUCAGACAGGCGGUGAUGAUGGACCCGGCCGAAAGAACGCAACAGGACCUGGAAAUCGUGUACUCCUACCUCCAUGGGAUGGAAGCCCUGUCCAAUCUCAGAGAACACCAGCUAAGGUUGAUGUGUGAAACCGUGCGGUACGAGAGGCACGAGGCCAACGAGGUGCUGUACUACCCUGAUGACGUUGGUUCCUGCUGGUACAUCCUCCUGUCUGGCUCCGUGUUCAUCAAAGAGUCCAUGUUCCUUCCCAGAAGCAGUUUUGGCAAGCGUUCAGCAGGCAGCCUGAGGCGUGGAUGCGAGUGCAUCGUGCUGGAGCCUUCCGAAAUGAUCGUGGUGGACUAUAUGGAUGAAAAUGAAGAGUACUUCCAACGGCAAGCUUCGCACCGACAGUCCCGUAGGAGGUUCCGGAAGAUUAACCAGAAAGGAGAGAGGCAGACCAUCAUCGACACGGUGGACCCCUACCCCGUGGGGAAGCCACCACUGCCCAAAGGGUAUCACACGCUUCCUGCAGACUUCAGCAAGCUUCACCUCAGCGACAGCCUCCACCCACAGGUGACCCCCGUCUCAUCCAGCCACUCAGGAUGUAGCAUCACCAGUGACUCUGGGAGCAGCAGCCUAUCGGAUAUUUACCAGGCCGCUGAGAACGAGCCUGGUGACAUGGACCUGAGCGGGCUGCCAGAGACGGCGGUGGACUCAGAGGAAGAUGACGAUGAGGAAGACAUCGAACGGGCCUCGGACCCCCUGAUGAGCCGCGACAUCGUGCGCGACUGUCUGGAGAAGGAUCCCGUGGACCGGACGGACGAUGACAUCGAACAAUUACUGGAGUUCAUGCACCAGCUGCCCGCCUUCGCCAACAUGACGAUGUCGGUGCGGAGAGAGCUGUGUGCGGUCAUGGUUUUCGCCGUGGUGGAGCGGGCGGGGACAAUCGUGCUCAACGACGGGGAGGAGCUGGACUCCUGGUCGGUGAUCCUGAACGGCUCGGUGGAGGUGACGUACCCGGACGGGCGGUCAGAGAUCCUCUGCAUGGGGAACAGCUUUGGAGUGUCCCCCACCAUGGACAAGGAGUUCAUGAAAGGGGUGAUGAAGACCAAGGUGGACGACUGUCAGUUUGUGUGCAUCGCCCAGCAGGACUACUGCUGCAUCCUCAACCAGGUGGAGAAGAACAUGCAGAAGGUGGAGGAGGAGGGCGAGAUCGUCAUGGUCAAAGAGCACCGGGAGCUGGACCGUACCGGCACCAGGAAAGGACACAUCGUCAUCAAGGGGACGACUGAAAGGCUGACGAUGCACCUAGUGGAGGAGCACUCCGUGGUGGACCCCACCUUCAUCGAGGACUUCCUGCUGACCUACAGGACCUUCCUGUCCAGCCCCAUGCUUGUGGGGAAGAGGCUUCUGGAAUGGUUCAAUGAUCCCAGCCUCAGGGACAAGGUUACACGGGUAGUGUUGCUGUGGGUAAACAAUCACUUCAAUGACUUUGAAGGAGACCCUGCUAUGACUCACUUUCUGGAGGAAUUCGAGAACAAUCUAGAAAGAGAGAAAAUGUGUGGGCACUUGAGACUGUUAAAUAUUGCCUGUGCCGCCAAAGCCAAGCUGAGGCUGGUGACCCUGACCAAGCCCUCGAGGGAAGCACCCCUGCCCUUCGCACUCCUGGGGGGGUCGGAGAAAGGCUUUCGCAUCUUCAUCGACAGUGUGGAGCCCGGCAGCAUGGCCGCCGAGGUCGGCCUGAAACGCGGCGACCAGAUAUUGGAGGUAAACGGGCAGAACUUUGAGAAUGUCCAGCUCUCCAAAGCCACAGAGAUCCUGAAGAACAACACUCACUUGUCAAUCACUGUGAAAACGAACCUAUUAGUGUUCAAGGAGCUGCUCUCCAGGCCCGCGGAGGAGAAGAAGAACGGCGCCCCACACCUGCCCAAGAUCGGCGACAUCAAGAAGGCCAGCCGCUACUCCAUCCCAGACCUGGCCAUGGACGUGGAGCAGGUGAUGAGCCUGGAGAAGACCAGCAAGAAGAGCAAGGCCAACACUGUGGGCGGCAGGAACAAGCUGAAGAAGUUCCUGGGCAAAACCCGCAUCAGCAUUCUGCCCCAGAAACCCUACAACGAUGUUGGGAUUGGGCAGUCUCAGGACGACAGCAUUGUCGGGAUGAAGCAGUCCAAUCAGAUCCCUCCUGGUCUCCCGGUCAGCGGAAACCUGUCGUCUAGCAACCCCGACCUGCUUCAGUCCCACCACCGCAUCCUGGACUUCAGCAACCCACCUGACCUGCCAGACCAGGUUUUGAGGGUUUUUAAGGUGGACCAGCAGAGUCGCUACCUCAUGAUCAGCAGGGACACCACGGCGAAGGAGGUGGUGGUGCAGGCCAUCCGCGAGUUCGCCCUGACGGCCGAACCCGAGGCCUACUCCCUGUGCGAGGUGUCCGUCACUCCCGAGGGCGUCAUCAAACAACGACGGCUCCCAGACCAACUCUCCAAGCUGGCCGACAGGAUCCAGCUCAGCGGCAGGUACUACCUGAAGAACAACAUGGAGACGGAGACACUGUGCUCGGACGAGGAUGCCCAGGACCUCCUGCGGGAGAGCCAGCUCUCCUUGCUCCAGCUGAGCACAGUGGAGGUGGCCACCCAGCUCUCCAUGAGGAACUUUGAGCUCUUCUGCAACAUCGAGCCCACCGAGUACAUCGAUGACCUCUUCAAGCUCAAGUCCCGCACCGGCUCGGCCAAUCUCAAGAGCUUCGAGGAGGUCAUCAACCAGGAGACCUUCUGGGUUGCCACAGAGAUCAUUCGGGAGCCCAACCAGCUGAAGAGGAUGAAGACGGUCAAGCAUUUCGUCAAGAUCGCCCUGCACUGCAGGGAGUGCAAGAACUUCAACUCCAUGUUUGCCAUUAUCAGUGGGCUGAACCUGGCUCCAGUGUCCAGGCUCCGGGGCACGUGGGAGAAGCUGCCCAGCAAGUACGAGAAGCUGUUCCAGGACCUGCAGGACCUGUUCGACCCAUCCAGGAACAUGGCCAAGUACCGCAACGUCCUCAACAACCAGAACCUUCAGCCUCCCAUAAUCCCCCUCUUCCCCGUCAUCAAGAAGGACCUAACAUUCCUGCAUGAAGGCAAUGAUUCGAAAGUGGACGGUCUGGUGAACUUUGAGAAGCUGAGAAUGAUCGCCAAAGAGAUCCGGCACGUGGGGCGCAUGGCGUCCGUCAACAUGGACCCCGCCCUCAUGUUCAGAACCAGGAAGAAGAAGUGGAGGAGUCUUGGGUCUCUCAGCCAGGGCAGUGCCAACGCGGCCGUUCUGGACGUGGUGCAGACGGGCGCGCACAAGAAGCGCGUGAGGCGAAGCUCCUUCCUCAAUGCCAAGAAGCUGUACGAGGACGCACAGAUGGCCCGCAAGGUCAAGCAGUACCUGAGUGACCUGACGCUGGACACCAGCGAGGACAGCCUGCAGAUGCUGUCACAGCAGUGUGAGCCCUCCAGCAACACGCCCGUGCCUAAGAAUACCAGCGACCGGAAGAGGCCGGACACAUCGCCGCAGGUGGGCCGGGCCGCCAGCCAGCACAAGCAGCAGCAGAAAGCAGGUCAGGCCCUGCAGGUCCCUGCCGUGCCACUCCACCCGUCUCGCAAGAAAGUGCCCGUCAAGGACCUGCCGCCGUUCGGCACGAGUUCGCCUCAGUCCUUGAAGAAAAUCUUGUCCUUAUCGGAGGAAGCGAGUGAUCGGCACAGGAAGCAGACGGACGACACGGUGUCUAACGCCUCCCAGCUCUCCUCCCCACCCAUCUCUCCCCAGAGCUCCCCCAGGAAAGGUGGCUUUCAGCUGAAUUCACGGCUCUACAGGCAGUCUAAGCUUACAGGCUCCUCCUCUUCCCUGGGCAGUGACAUCAGUAGCAGGAAAAGCUAUGCUUUGGCCAAGAGCUUUAUCAUAGGUUACCCAGGAGCAGUGGACCACUUCUCGGACUCGGGGCACAGCGAGAUUUCGUCGCGCUCCAGCCUCGUCAGCAACUCGUCCUUCGACCUGGCGCAGGAGGACCGGAGGCAGCGCAACUCCAUCAGCGCCGCGGACGCCCACCUGGGCGGGGUCCGGACCGAGAGACGGGCCACGCUGGACCUGGAUCAGUACAGCCUGGGCUCCUACUCCUCCAUGCAGGAGGUGCGGAGCCUGUACGCGGGGGCCACGGUCCUCUCCUCCCCCAGCUCGGAGGAGCUGACCCAGGACCAGGGCGACCGCGCCUCCCUGGACGCCGCCGACAGCGGGCGGGGCAGCUGGACGUCGUGCUCCAGCGGUUCCCACGACAACAUCCAGACCAUGCAGCACCAGAGGAGCUGGGAGACGCUGGCCUUCGGGCACCCCCACUUCGACGGGCCGGGCGGGGAGGGCACGGGGCUGUGGGCCCCGGGCGGCGGGGACCAGCUGGGGCAGGCCCGGGGAAGCUGGGCCUCCUCCACCGUCUCCUGGGGGGAGGACACGGAGGGGGACACGGGGACCAUCAAGCGGAGGGGCGGGAAGGACGUGAGCGCGGACCCGGAGACCUGCAGCAUCACGUCCAGCGGCUCGGAGGACUCCAAGCAGCCCAGCCGGCCCUCACACAUCACCGUGUCCUGCAGCAACGCUAAAGGGCUCAUAUCGCGUAAAGACGGAAGGUUCCGGGAGCCCCCCCCCACCCCGCCGGGCUACACGGCCCUGACCAUGUCGGACUUCUCCGAGGCCCCCGCGCACUCGGGCCGGCGGCCGCCCGACUAUAACGUGGCGCUGCAGCGUUCGCGGAUGGUGGCGCACUCCUGCGACUCGCCCCUGCCCCCCCCGCAGGCCGGCCGGCCCCAGUGGAGCCGCUCCACCGACGCGGAGACACCCCCCCGGCUCCCCCACGCACCCCCCCAGGGGCCCCCGCCCGAGGACCAGGGUGAGUCCGCCUCUCCCAAACUUAUUCCCCUGAGGAAGGCAGUGGCCAAGUCCCCCAACAGCAACAAGCCUUGACUUACAGGCAAGGACAGAGGCAGACGACGAACAGGUGUCUGCCGUCUGAUAAGGAUGCCCCCUGCUGACUGUGUUUAGUAGCGGCUGAAGCAUUCUUCCACACACACACACACACACACACACACCGAAUUACUCCCCAUCCCCCUCACACUACCCCUUACAUAAAUAGACUGUACUGUGAAGAAGACCAGAAAAUAACUAAUUGAACUAAUAACACCUUGGCACUUUGGAGAACUCAAAGACACGGUGGUGAAAGAAUCACGGGCCUAACAGCUGUCCCACGCUCGCCACAAGCACCAUUCCAGCUAUCUUUCCUGUUUACACGCGCCAUCACAACCUGUCGACCUUCGACUGCACUUUUCAAUUUUCUAUUGUAAUAUUAACGGUAUUAACGAUACAAAAAAAACGCCUUUUGGGCUCUUAGCUUCCUCUAGGACUUUGUCGGACCGUGGAUAAAGACAAGCACAGAUUGCAGGAGGUCUCCGGGUCUUGUUGCGGUAUUAUAUCAUUAUCGUGCUUGUGGAGGAGAUACGGUCUCUAGUGGCCAUGAUGACAGUAUUAUUAUUACUAUUCAUUUUUCGUUUUUUUUUUAGGGUUUUUUUUUUACCUUUGCUCUUUUUAUCAUUGGAGGACUCUGUGGUGUUUUAAGUGAACUGGAUGGCUGUAUAUUGUCACACACUGGCUCGGAUAGAGGAGGACCAGUGUCCCAGCUAUAGUCCCUGCUGUUCGUUAUGUUGCGUUUUUGCAAAACUCGAUGAAGGAUCACAAAAUGGCCGCUGUGAUGGAUGGAGCAGCAUGUAUGAAGAAGGCUAACAUAUAGCAGUCUGUGGCUACUUCUACCCACUGAAAUGACUGAAAAUAAGGAUUCAUUUGGGUUGAGACUCUGGGGGGAUAGGGUAAAAAUCUGAAGUAGUACUGAAAAUAUGAAGAUUUUUUUCCCGUUUUCUUUAAUUCUUUUUUAUUAUUAUUCAUUUAGCGGAGCUGAUCAUAUUGAUCAGUAAGUUAAAAAAAUUGAUAGAUUUCAAGACAGUGAUUGCAGUGUUUUUUCACUGUGUUGUGUAACUUCAGUGCUUUAUUUAAUUUUUGCUUUCCUAAUAAGAAACCACGUUUUGAAUUGUGUUUUUUAUUUUCUUGUUGCGGGUUCAGUUGUCAAUUAUGCAUUUGUAAUUUAAAUGUAAUAUGCAUUAAUCGCUUCCAUUUGUAGUCCAUGGACAUAGUGUACGUAUGGUUUGGCAGAGUCCUACUUCUAAAACAAGUUGCACAGAAAUGUAUAAACAUACGGUAAGGUCAUUGUAGUGUAAACCUUCGGUUCAAUCUGUGACGUCAGGUGUAAAAUGUACAUUGGACUGGUGAAUUUCUCAUACUUUUGAUACUACUUGUACCUGUAUGUCUUUUAGAAAGACAAUCGGUGGAGUCGGUAUGCUUUUUUUUGUAUUUUUAAUACAAUAAUUGUAAAUCUGUUAUAUUUUUGUUGAAAUUGUAGAAAUGUACUAUGUUUAUGCCUCAGCGUCCAGUUUACCUAAAGCUGGGAAUGAAUAAAUAUGAAAAAACA